AUGCGUGCGCCUUUGUGGAGGCGGAGGAGCGGCAGCAGCAGCAAGCUGCUGCAACUGCACGCAAGCGGUUGCGUCAGCUGCAGCAGCAGCAGCAGCAGCGGCGCGAGGCCCUGGGACUCCCUAGCGAUGCUUCUGCUUCUUGUCCCGUGGCAAACAACCAAAGAAUGCAGGGAAGUGCUGCAGAACAAAGGCUCAGCUCAGUUCCUCUUAACCGGAUUCGCAGAUCCUUCUUGUGGCCGAGGGGAAGGCAUAGCGCUGCUGAAACGCGGCAGCAGAAGCCGCAGCAGCGCCAGCAAUCCCCUUGUCGUGCAGCAGCCGCUUAGGCGGCAUGCAGCGGGAGGCAUAGCUGGCACAGUUGAUGAUCUCCGAAAACUCGGAAUGAUGGAGCUCAGGGCCAGACUACUUCAGUACGGACUCAGCGACGCAGUCAUCCGGACAUUACCCAGGUGGGAUCAAGUUGCGUUGGUGCGGCAGUAUCGCGAUGGGUUCGGGGCUGAGGACGGCAGCAGCAAAGGGAGGGGCGCCGGGGUUCGAUUGCCUACAGAGGAAUACGAAGCAAAACUAUGCAGCAUUUUGAAGCGACAGCAGGCUGCCUUGCGGGCGGAUGAGCCCGUGGUUACUGACACGGAUGAUGAUAUGCCGCCGUCCACGCCGCACCAAUCACAGCAGCAUCAGCUUGGCGCAGACGCAGCUGCUGCUGCGGGCGCUGCUGCCGCAUCGGCAACUGGACAGCAUCAGCAAGGCGGAACGGGAGAAGAUGUCGCCGACGCCCUUUUCGCUGGCUGCGAGGAUUCAGACCACGAGUUCGCGAUCGAGUGCAUCCUGUGA